AUGGGUCUGCUCUGCGGGCCAGCGUCGCCUGAAUGGGGAUCCCUGAGGGGCGCCACGGAAGAGAUGUUGCAGGCAGCCGAUGCAGGGAAGCCUCUGUCCCAUCGCUCUGACACCCGCACCUGCUACAACCGAACCAGACAUCGAGCACAUGAGUAUGCUCACUCCAGACACAGCCUCCCAAUUCUAUGUGGUCGGCCAACAAGAGCCCCUGCUGGCCAUCAAUAUGUCACACUGAAGAAGCUGUUACUGUACAGCAUGAAAGCAUGGGCUAGCUGGAUGUGUCUGGAAGCACCAUUUGGGUGGCUAGGAGUGAUGGGGCUUGGAACUCUCCAUCUAUGGGUAUCGGCUGACUGA